UGUGGACCUAAAUAAAGUGUUUUGCUCUAGUAAUCUGUAUUGGCUUGGUAAGGUCUAUUUUGUAGACUCUAAAAGGCUCAAAUAUAGACCGAUCGAAGGCUCUGUCCUUGCCUUCUAAACCAAGAACAAAAAAAAGGUAUAGUAUCUGAAGCAAAAGAAAAAAGAGAAAAAACUCGAAAACAAAGUCGAAAAAAGACAAGAGGCAUUGGAAAGCAUAAUGGCAGGAAGUUCAUGCAAGGUUGCAAUUGUCCUGGUCGCUUUUGCCAUUACUAUUCCAUGCCUUGAGGGUGGCAUUGGUACGAUGGACGAAUUUCUCAAAGAACGAGCUAUGGAGGCCCAUGAAAUCGCUCUGAAAUCCUACGUGCCUGACCCUACAAACGUCACUUCCCAGCACAAUAACUUGCAUGUUAAGGAGACUACUAGGAAGAAGCCAAAGAAGGAAUCAAACAGCACAACAACAACAAGGAGGGAGAUGACGGAGGAGAAGGAUAAGAAGAAAUACAAAGGACCAUGCUUGGCCCUCAACCCAAUCGAUCGUUGUUGGAGGUGCAAGAAAAGCUGGGCCAAAAACCGUUUUAAGUUAGCCAGUUGCGUCAAGGGUUUUGGAAGAAGGGCCACCGGAGGAUCCAAGGGCAAAAUCUACACUGUCUCUGAUCCCUCUGACGAUGAUCCCGUUGACCCUAAAGAAGGAACCCUACGCUACGGUGUUUUACAAAAGGACCCACUCUGGAUCAUAUUUUCAAAAAGCAUGAUAAUCAAGCUCAACUACGAGUUGUUGAUUUCUUCUGACAAAACCAUCGACGGUCGCGGCCACACCGUGGUCAUCAAGGGUGGUGCAGGUCUUACCAUGCAGUUCGUGAACAACAUUAUCAUCCAUGGGCUUAAAAUACACCACAUCAAGUCGACGCCGGGUGGCAUGAUCAGAGACUCUUGGGACCAUGUCGGAACAAGAACAAGGGCUGAUGGUGAUGCCAUCUCCAUUUUCGGCUCUUCAAACAUUUGGAUCGAUCACAUCUCACUCUCUGAAUGCGAGGAUGGUCUCGUCGAUAUUAUCCAGGGUUCCACUGCAAUCACCGUCUCAAAUUGCCACAUGACCAAACACAACGAUGUGAUGUUGUUCGGAGCGAGCGACACCUUCUCCGGAGACAAGAUAAUGCAGGUGACGGUGGCAUUCAACCAUUUCGGGCAGGGUCUGAUCCAGAGAAUGCCCCGAUGCAGAUGGGGUUUCUUCCAUGUGUUGAACAACGAUUACACUCACUGGAUAAUGUAUGCCAUUGGUGGGAGCUCAGGGCCAACCAUUCUGAGCCAAGGAAACCGGUUCAUUGCACCGGACGACGACAAGGCGAAGGAAGUGACGCACAGGGACUAUGCAGAACCUCCCGUGUGGGGGAAAUGGCAAUGGAGAUCAGAGAACGAUGUGUUCAUGAAUGGGGCUAAAUUUAUUCAGUCAGGGAAACCUCUCGGGAAGCUUCCAUUCAACAAAGGGUAUCUCAUGAAACCUAGACAUGGCUCUCAAGCCAACAGGCUCACACGCUUUGCUGGAACCCUCAAAUGCAAAGUGGGAAACCCUUGCUAGAUUAGAGGAUUAAGGUCCAUGGCUUUUUCUUAAUUAGUAUUACUUACUGCUUAAUUACCCCUUAAUUAAGCAAACAACAACUGAGUAAUUAAUAAUUCGUAGGGAAUCAAUCCUCUAGGGUCUACUGUAACCGGUGGCUCUUCUGCUUUAGACAGAGGAUGUCUUUCACAAUCUUUCUUUCAUUACCCAUUUUACUUUGUACAAUAUUAAUAUCUCUAUUUACAACAA